AAGAGAGCAAGGAAGAGUGGGCGUGGGCAGACUGUGUUUGCAAAGCCAGCCGGAGCUGAUCUAGGGCGGCCUGGAAAAGGGGGGCGGAGGACACUGAGGGGCUGCCGCUGUGAGCGGUGGGGGUCUUUCCCCGUCUUCUCUCCCCGCUCAGGUCUCCACUACCCCGAGGAGAAGGAGAAGGCGUGACUGCUCCAUCUGUCCAGCCCUUGUUCCUUGGGGAUGCUCCUGGCCCUCGGAAUCCCGCCGCACGGAGUUACUGAGGCCUCCUCUCCCGACCCUUCUUGCUCUCCAGCUGUUUUUGCCAAAGAUUUCCGACCGCUUCCCGGCUCUCUGCACCCACCCACCCUCCGCUGGGCAUCUCCCGCAGGCCCAAAGCAGGUGCCGCCAGGACCUCCUGCUGUCAGUUUGCCAGCCGGCUGCUUCGGAGACGGAGUUGAAAGGGGGGCGUGGAUCAGAGAGAGAGAGAGAGAGAGAGAGAGGGGCGAUCUCGCUUGCUGGCAACCACCGAGGUUCACCCGCCCACUCGCCGGCCGUGCCGAGCCCGCCACCACGGUGUUUCCACCCACCGGAGGAUGAGAAAAUAACCCCGGCUUGGACUGAGCAUCUGGAGGAGGAGUGUUCGGAGAGUCGGCGGCGCAUCAGGGCAACAGCAUGGUCCAGCAACGCAGCUCCACGCGGACCCGAGGCGUGGAAGCGAAGCAGGAGGCGUGUUCCAAAGACAGCUUGCUGUUGAAAGAUGGCACGGGCGAGCCGGACUGGUGCAAGACCCCCAGCGGGCACAUCAAGCGCCCCAUGAACGCCUUCAUGGUGUGGUCCCAGAACGAACGGCGGAAGAUCAUGGACCAGUGGCCCGACAUGCACAACGCCGAGAUCUCCAAGCGGCUGGGACGGCGCUGGCAGCUGCUUCAGGAUUCGGAGAAGAUCCCAUUCGUCAAGGAAGCCGAACGGUUACGCCUCAAACACAUGGCUGACUAUCCCGACUACAAGUACCGGCCCAGGAAGAAAGGCAAGCUGGGCAGUGCCAAGGCCCGGCCCAGGGUCCCCGUCAAAAUUAAGCCCUCCGUUCUUGGACGGGCGGCUUCGCCCCGGAGGCAGACGCCGAAGCCAGACCCCGAAGGCCAGGGGGGAUGCGCCUCUCCAAAGCCGGACGACGACCCCUUGGAAGCCCGCAUCCUGGAGGUAUCGUUUGACGAGGGUCCCAAAACCUCCAGCAAGGAAUUCUGGCAUGUGCUUCCCGCAGGUGGUGAGAAAGGAGAAUGGGAAGCCAACUCUGGCCAGGCCAAAGACGCCGAAGCCGGCGAGCUCGCCAAGCCCUGGUCCUCCGACGUGUCUUCUCCAGCUUCUACGAGGUCUUCUUCUUCUUCUUCUACUUCUUCUUCUUCAUUUGCCUCCUCAGAUGAUGAGCUGGAAGAAGAUCUUUGGAACGUUGUGCCCAGCCGAGUCCAGCCAAACACGCCCCCUUGCCGGAGCCCGGACUGGUCGGUCUUUGAUAAGGAUCUGGAUCUUUUUCCUUUGGGCGCCUCGUCUCAUUUUGAGUUCCCCGAUUACUGUACCCCGGAAGUGACUGAGAUGAUCGCAGGGGACUGGUUGAUGUCCAGCAUUUCGGAUUUGGUCUUUACGUACUGAAUCCUCCCAGGGAACUCUCGCUUCUCAACAAUCAGGUGGUUCCGGAAAAGACAGACAAAAAAAAAAAAAAAACAGAGAGAAAGAGAGAAAGAAAGAGAAAGAGAAGAAGAAAAAAAAAAAACCCAGCUGUUUACAUGCAGA